GAUUAUUUUUCUCACACCCAUCUUAUUGCGGAGAUGUAAAAGGGAAAAAGAGAGGAUUGGCCUAAAAUUGCUCACAUCCCUCGUUUGGAUUUUGGGCCCCUCGAUGAUUCAGAAUCCUCUUCUGUCUCAGGGUCGUCCAAGUGGAAAAUCUUUGACAACUUUCGAGUACCCCAACUCUGUAACAAAUAAUGAAAUAAAUAUAUCACAAGCCAGGGUAAAUUUGGGCCCCCCAAAAGCCCACCACAGCAAAUACAAACCCAACACACCAGUCCAAAUUCAUGUUCACAUUUCCCAAACCUAUCACAUGAGAGCAGCUAGGAAGAACCAGAAGCGUUUUGCAUACAGAAGGGGAAGUAAGUGGCAGCCAUUCAAAACAAGGGACACAGGUGGGAACAAGCGGGGAAAUCAAGGAAUAUGCGUGCUGAAGAAGAAAAAGCGUGGGCAAGGACAAAUUAAGAAAGUGGAUGACAGCCUACUUAGCUCGUCAGGUCAUUACGAUAAUGGAGGAAGUAGGGACAGAUAACAAAAAGUGGACCAAAAAAAUAGCGCAGAGCCGUACAAAAAAGAUAGAAGCAAGAACUUUCGCUUAUUUCCAAAGCAUAGCCUUAUCUCUUUGCAAACUUUGAAGUACAAUUCCAAGAAACCAAUUAUGGAAGCAGUCCUCUCUGGCGUUGCUGAAGGGAUCGUUGGGUGAUUAGGCUCCGAAGCUGUCCGAGAAAUCGCGUUGCUUUGGGGUGUAAAUGAAGAGCUUGUAGGAGUCGAAGAGACCAUUUCAAUCAAAAAGAACAAGUGAAUAUCUAGAGCAUGCUUACUAAACUACAAAUCUUGUGGACCAUCCCUCAUGGGUUUGGGCUUCAACUUUUCAUUCUUGAUUGGAGCUGAAUUUUUAGCCCAAUUAUUGUUGUUGAAUAGACUCCAUUUAAAGACAGUGGUUGGUAGUACUAA